CACACAAAUAAAGAUAAGACGAUGCAGGUUCGAGUCCUUUCCUGUAUGUCUUCACUGCUGAGCUAUCCAAUAAAGUUCCAGGUUCUUCCUGCUCCAGCACCGAGCAGAGGGAGGAAAGAUGGCGGCGACCGAGGCUGACAGAGAUCCGUCCGCUCUAUGCUCGGAGUUCCUGGAUUUCUCCGCCAAAGACACCGCGUCGCGGUGGCUAGCAGCUGCUGACCUGCAGCAGGAAGUGUGCCGUCACCUGGCCAUAUACGUACCCAGAAUCUUUUGCUUGGGGCUGAGCGGCAGUGAAAGGGAGGAGCAGAGGGAGGAGCUCGCCUGUCAGCUCCUCCUCCUUGCACCACUGGAGUGGCUCCUUCUGGGGGAGGAGCCAGCAGCUGGCCUGGCGUUGCUGCAGGAGAACAACCAACCGUCAGCGCUUUGUGGGCACGUGUUCAAGGUGGGAGAGCCCACCUACUCCUGCAGGGAAUGUGCGGCCGACCCGACAUGUGUCCUCUGCAUGAAGUGUUUCUUGGGCAGCGUUCACAAAGAGCAUCGAUACAGGAUGACAACGUCCGGAGGAGGUGGUUUCUGUGACUGUGGAGACUCUGAAGCCUGGAAGACUGGCCCUUACUGCCAGAAACACACACCGGGAGAUGGCAACCAGGACACCGACAAGGACCCCGUAGCUCAUCUACCCACUGACAUGGUCGGCCGUGCGUUCAGUGUCUUUUUCAUCAUCCUGAAGUAUGCCGUCGACCUGCUAACCUGGGAGCACGAGGACCUGCUGCCUGCAGGACUGCAGCCACCGGAGAGAGAGGACACCUACUACUGCAUGCUGUUCAAUGAUGAAGUGCACACGUACGAGCAGGUGAUCUACACGCUGCAGAAAGCUGUCAGCUGCAGCCAGAAGGAGGCCGUGAGCUUUGCCACUACCGUGGACCGAGACGGCAGGAAGUCAGUUCGGUAUGGAGACUUCCAGUUCUGUGAACAGGCCAAGUCCGUGAUCGUGAGAAACACCAGCCGUCAGUCAAAGCCUCUCCGGGUUCAGGUGAUGCACUCGUCUGUCGUUGCUCAUCAGUGUUUUGCUCUGAAGGCUCUGAGCUGGCUGGGUCAGAUCAUUCAGUACUCUGAUGGCCUGAGGAGGAUCCUGUGUCAGGUGGGACUGCAGAAAGGUCCAGAGGGAGAGAACUCCUCACUUGUCGACCGACUGAUGCUCAACGACUCCAAGAUGUGGAAAGGAGCGAGGAACAUCUAUCACCAGCUACUUAUGAACAGCCUCCUCAUGGACCUCAAGUACAAGAAGAUCUUUGCCAUCCAAUUUGCCAAGAACUACAGACGCCUGCAGACAGAUUUUAUGGAGGACGACCACGAGCGAGUGGUGUCAGUGACGUCGCUGUCUGUCCAGCUCUUCACCGUCCCGACCAUGGCCCGGAUGCUGAUGGUGGAGGAGAACCUGAUGACCACCAUCAUCAGGACCUUUGUGGAUCACCUCCGCCACAGAGACCCGCAGGGGCGCUUCCAGUUCGACCGCUACACCGCCCAGCAGGCAUUCAAGUUCGGGAGAGUCCAGAGCCUCAUUGGUGACCUCAAGUAUGUCCUGAUCAGCCCUCCGUCCAAGUGGAGCGAUCAGCUCAGACUCAAGUUUCUAGAAGGUUUCUAUGCUUUUCUGGAGCUGCUCAAGUGCAUGCAGGGCAUGGACCCAGUGGUGAGACAGGUGGGACAGCACAUUGAGAUGGAGCCUGAGUGGGAGGCGGCGUUCACGCUGCAGAUGAAGCUGACCAACAUCAUCACCAUGAUCCAGGAGUGGUGCUCCACUGAUGAGCGUGUGCUGAUUGAGGCCUACAAGAAGUGUCUGAGCGCUCUCAGUCACUGUCAUAGCAGCCUUCCAGACGGUGAGCAGCCAAUCAGCUUGAGCCUGGCAGGCCACAGUGUGGAGACGUUCAGGUAUCAGGUGUCUCAGGAAAAAGUCUCUAUACACCUGCCGGUCUGCAGGCUGCUGGCAGGUCUGCACGUCCUCCUCAGCAGAACAGAGGUGGCGUCUCGUUUCCCUGAGCAGCUCCCAUUGGGUGAACUCAGCCCCCCCCUUCUGAUCGAACUCCCCCUCCGUUGCCUGGUGCUCUGUGCCCAGGUGCAUGCUGGAAUGUGGAGGAGGAACGGCUUCUCACUGAUUAACCAGAUUUAUUAUUACCACAAUGUAAAGUGUCGAGUCGAGAUGUUCGACAAAGACAUCAUCAUGCUACAGGCAGGGGCGUCCAUGAUGGAUCCAAACCACUUCCUGAUGAUCGUUCUGAGUCGAUUUGAACUGUUUCACGUUUUCAGCACCGCAGACAUCAGGAAAAGAUACAGAGAGGCCAACAAGGACCUGGUCCAGCAGAACACUCUGAUCGAAGAGAUGCUUCACCUCAUCAUUAUGGUGGUUGGUGAGCGGUACGUGGCGGGCGUCGGCCAGGUGGAGCCUUACGAUGAGGUCAGAAGAGAAAUCAUCCACCUGCUGUCCAUCAGACCGAUGGCUCACAGCGAGCUGGCCAAGGCUCUACCUGAGAAUGGGAACAAGGAGACUGGGCUGGAGAGAGUCAUCGACAGCGUGGCUUCAUUCAAGAAACCAGGUGUGACAGGUAGAGGGCUGUAUGAGCUCCGCCCUGAGUGGAACAGAUACUUCAACCUGUACUUCCAUCACUACAGCAGAGCUGACCAGUCAAAGGCUGAGGAAGCUCAGAGAAAGCUGAGGAGACAGAGCGGCGAGGACACAGCCCUCCCCCUCCCCCUCCUCCCCCCCUGCCCUCUCUUCGGCAGCCUGGUGAACCUCCUGCAGUGUGACGUGCUGCUCGCCAUAGAGGGCGCCGUGCUGCAGUGGGCCGUGGAGCCCAGCGGGGGGGGCUGGACUGAGUCCAUGCUGCAGAGGGUGCUCCACCUGGUGGGCAUGGCUCUGCUGGAAGAGCAGCAGCAGCUGGAGAACAGCAGCGGAUAUGAAGAUGUCACUUUCAACUACACCUGCAAGAUCACACGUCCAGGUGAGGCACCCAGUACUUCAGGAAGUGUCCUGGCUCUGCUGGAAAGUCUGCAGAACGCUCCUCACCUGGAAGUCCACAAAGACAUGAUCACCUGGAUCCUCAAGAUGGUGUCAAACAUCAAAAUGAUGAGAGAGCGAACAUCGUCAGCCUCCUCUUUUACCGUCAGCCCAGAAAGAGGCUCGGAGGAGAUGAUGAAGGACAAAGAUAAGGCAGAGAGGAAGAGGAAGGCGGAGAUGGCGAGGCUCCGGAGGGAAAAGAUCAUGGCUCAGAUGUCAGAGAUGCAGAAACACUUCAUCAACGAGAACAAAGAGCUGUUCCAGCAGAGCAUGGAGGAGCUGGAGGCGUCCACAUCAGCCACCCACCACAGUCCUCCCAGUGCAGAGCUCACCUGUGUGUCCCAGGUGGCCGUUGGUCCCAGGAGGGUGGGAGGGACUGAGCGCCGACAGCUGGUCACCUGUAUCCUGUGUCAGGAAGAGCAAGAGAUCAGAGGUCACAGCAGAGCAAUGGUGCUUGCAGCAUUUGUCCAAAGGUCCACUGUUCUCUCCAAAAACCGCCACUGCAACCUGCCCAACCCAGAGCACCGUGAUCCUCUGUUCAUGCACCCUGACCUCUGUCUAGGGAUUCACACCGCCAGCUGUGGACACAUCAUGCACGCCACCUGCUGGCAGAGGUACUUUGAGGCGGUACAGCUGAAGGAGCAACGGCGUCAGCAGCGUCUGAGAGGCCACACGAGCUACGACGUGGAGAACGGCGAGUUCCUAUGUCCGCUCUGCGAGUGUCUGAGCAACACUGUGAUCCCCAUGCUACCGCACGCAGCCUCACCUGACCACAGUGUUGAAAAUCCUAGUUUGGAGGUGUGGCUUAAGACAACCAAUCAGCAGAUAGCAGCUCUGCACUCUGCACACAGGACGCAGUCUGAUGGUGCAGCAGAAGAGGCGGAGCCUGUCGUUCCUCAAGGGUUCAAAGUUGACUUCACGCCACAGAACCCGUUCUCCAGCAGCAUCAGUGAGAUGAUUACCACCUUCAGCCUGUCUACCUAUAAGGUGGGACUCAAGGUGAACCCCAACGAGCAGGACCCCCGAGUCCCGGUGCUGAGCUGGUCCUCCUGCGCCUACACCAUUCAAAGCAUAGAGCGCCUGCUAAUGGAUGAGGAGAAGCCACUUUUUGGAAGUUUACCUUGCCGACAGGACGACUGUUUGAGUUCUCUCACCAGGUUCAGUUCAGCGUGUUGGACUGCAGCUCCUCUGAAAACUGUUCACACCCACUUCAUCAGACUGUUGUCAGCUCUGGUUCCAGACACUCAGGUAGAAAAUACUCAGAGUAUCCUCGAGAUCGACAUGUUUCACCUGCUGGUUUACUCUGUGCUGGCAUACUCCUCCAUUCACUGUUUGGACCAAUCAGGAUGCAGUGUGGUGGACUCGGGCCACCUCCACCUCCUUCACUUGGUCACUGUGGCUCACCUGGUUCAGAUCCUGCUGACCUCCACCACAGAGGAGGUAUGUAUGGAUCAGGACAACAGUGGAUCAGAGGAGGAGGAGCUCACCUGUCAGCUGUACAGCACACUGAGGAAUCACCUGGGCAGUGUGUUACCUGAGGUGUCCUCUGGGUGGCAGCUGUAUCGUUGUCUUAAAGCCGGUGUCCUGCCGUUCCUCCGAGCCGCCGCCCUCUUCUUCCACUACCUGAACUCCACAGCACCCCCCGCUGAGCUGCUGAUUGCAGGUCCUGGUCAGUGGGAGGCACUGUGCAGCUACCUCAGUCUGCCCUCCAACCUGCUGCUGCUUCACCACAACCAGCAAACACUGCUGAAGCCGCUCAUACACAGUUGGUGUUGUCAUCCAGGUGUGAGACAGACGCUGCAGGGGGGCGGAGCCAUCAUCAGGUUCCCCAGAGAGUCGAAUCGACUCAUCGAGUUGCCAGAAGAUUACAGCGUGCUGAUCAACCAGGCAUCCAGCUUCACGUGUCCGCGCUCGGGCGGGGAUAAGUCUCGUGCUCCCACGCUGUGCCUGGUGUGUGGCUGCAUGCUGUGCUCUCAGAGUUACUGCUGUCAGACGGAGGUGGACGGCGAGGACGUGGGCGCCUGCACCGCACACACCUUCACCUGCGGAGCUGGCCUCGGCCUAUUCCUCAGGGUCAGAGAAAGUCAGGUGUUGUUUGUAGCAGGUAAAACAAAGGGCUGCUUCUACCCGCCCCCAUACCUGGAUGACUACGGAGAAACUGACCAGGGCCUCAAGCGUGGGAAUCCUCUCCACCUGUGUGCCGAGCGUUACAGGAAGAUCGAGCGUCUGUGGCGCCAGCACGGCAUUGCUGAGGUCAUAGGUCACGCCCAGGAGGCCAAUCAGGCGCUGGUUGCUAUUGACUGGCAGCACCUGUGAUGUUUGACUCUGCGCCGCCCCUGCCCUUAGAGAGACACUGAUUGGCUCUCAAUUGUGUCCCGCCCCUUUCUAUAUAAAACCACAUCCUUGAACCAAUAAGCUGCCUGCUUGAUGCUGAGUUGCUUUCAGGGAUUUUUCACCUUUGACCCUCCACAUGUCUCCCCACCAAUCAGUGUGGGACAGGAACAGGAAGCUCGAAUUCAGUCCAGUGACGUCCUGCCUCCUGACUUCAAACACAUCACUAUCCUCAUUUCUGAUUGGCUAAGAGCAUAAAGCAGCCGUCUCCAUGGUAGCAGAUUGAUGGAUGGACGGCAUAUCGAUCAGUAAAGUGUCUGGUAGGGGUGGAGCUUCAGCUUAGGACUAAUCAGUGAAGACAUAUCAGAGCACAUAUCAGCAAUCGAUCGCUUUUUACUUUAGUUUAACAUUUUGCUUAGAGCUGAUUGGUGGCGUGCUGUGUGUUGUCACUUCCUGAGUUUUACUUUUGAAUGCGGAGAAAUUUUAUUUAAAACAUGGCCCGGUCAGGUCUUCAGCUUUUGUUUUUUGGGGUAUUUUUUAAUGGCCGUCAGCUGAGCGCCUCAUUGAUCACAUGACCUGUUAAUAUGUGAAUUCCUGUAUAAACAAGGACGUGUAUGAUAAAAACAAUAAAAACUUCAAAGUGACAUCA